AUGUCUUCAGUUUGGGUUCAGCUCUACUACGAGGGAAAGAAAGAACCGGAGGGCGGUCCCAGUCGAGUCUACCAAUCUGAUCUUGCAGCUGGUCGAGAGUGGGAUAUUGAUGGCUUGAGGAAAUUGGUCAAAGACAAGCUAGCGGAGGAUCUCACGCACUGUUCUCCAGCUAUGCUUUUUGUCUGCUCCCCAGGAAUCCCAAAACCUUCCUCUCAAGACAACGCUCUCAAGGCAUGGGAUCCCAUCCCCCCCAAUUCUUCUGGGCAACAGCCCUUGAUUGUGGUGGCACCCGCUCCACCGCAAGAGCCAGCAAAUGAGAAAAUUGACUAUGUGUACGCUUAUUUGCAGGAAAAGAAGCAGGAAGAGGCCACUAUACAAUUCACGAAACCUAAAUUGUCACGAUACCAAAGAGCGGUCCAAAACAUUGGAGUCAGAAUCGACGCUCCAGAGUGGGAAAAUGAUCAUCUAGUGGGCGAGUUCAACACUCUAGGUUCGGGGAUGGCCGCUUUCACUUGGGGUCCUAGAAAGGAGGAUUGCCUGGCGAACCGCAGUCUAUACCUUGCCUAUCUCAGGAACAACCAAAACAUCGGCCUCCCUCACCAUAGCAAGCUUUUUGAUGGAACUGAGGAACCUGAACUCUUGUCCACGGAUAUUGUAUCAUUUGGAGUCAAAACAAAAGGCAAUAUCGAUGUUGUGUUGGCACAUAAGCAUCACCAAGAAACAAGUACAACCAGGCACAAUAUGUGGGCUGGUGGCAUUUUUUUUUUGUUCAGCAAGGAGAAGAAUCAGCUCAUGGCAUAUCAAGCGCAGUCCAAGGGCGAAGCAAACUAUCUUAUUCGUCACAUCAUGGAUAGCAGUGGUUCAGCCUCGGCCCCAAUCUCAGUGCCCACCGACUUUCUGAAUCGUGCAUCCUGGAAUAAAAUGUUCCCCCCGCGCGAAGAUGAUACAUUCAUGGAAGAGGCGAAAGAGGAUAAGGACCCCGACGAGGGAGGAGGCCAGGAUUCCAGUGGAAAGUCUGGCCGCUCCAGGAAGGGGGGCCUGUCUAGUGAUCGAGCGCAACAAAACCGCCAAUCUACAGCUGCUGGAGCAACCAGCAACAGUGAUAUAGCGGGGAGUGCAAAUGUUAUGGGGAAUAGCUUGGAUUUCAUGGAUGAUGAGGAAGAAAGGGAAGCAAGGUUCAAAGACGUCCUCGAAUGUAUACUCCCUCAAUUGGGCGUGUUUCCUCACCGCGAGCUGGGACAUGAUCACUAUGCAGAAGGUCCACCAAAUCACAUCGGAGUUUUGCGGUAG